AUGUCGGGGGAGUCUUCAAAACGCUCGAACCUCAUAGAUGUAACAUAUGAAGAACUCCAUUCCAUCCUCUCGGGCUCCUCCGAGGGCAACACGCUCGACCAGAUCUCGGAACACCUCAAACCGCGGAUAGCCCAGCUCAGCAACGCCGUGGCGCCGUUUGGGAAGCCGUCGGACGCGUCGAGGAAAAGGGUCGAGUCGGGUUCGGUGACCCUGCGCGAUGGGGUCGUCAUACGCGUCGAGCCGGAGGACAAAGAAUGCGUGUUCGCCAUCAGCUCGCGCUUGGGCAUCGACGAGGUCGACGCGCUGGUUCUGCUCCGAUGCUUUCUGUAUAACGAGGGCGCGCCGGAGUCCAUCUCGAGAGAGAACGCCAGCUUGGCGGACGAGCUCGUGGAGGCCAUCACACCCUUCUACUACAUCGAGCGACUCUACGUCCUGCGUGCACUCAUCCCUCUCUUCCGCGCGACUGAAAACGAAGACGACCACAUCCAUCCGAUUGCGAACAAGUUUCUGCUGAGCAUCCUUCCCGACGGAAAUGCGUUCGCGGAGACGCUGCUGGACGAAUACACGAAGAAGGCCAAAGCCAACCUCCCCGAGAAUAUCGCUGACGAGCCACGAAAAGCCGCCGCCUGGACGCGACAAAACGCGAAGGAGCAACUAGUGCUGCUGGAGGUGCUGUACUGGACAAUGUGGAGUUACGCCUCGCGAAGUGGACCGCUCGUUGCGCGCAUAUACGAAACUGCGUACGGCACAAACCUGGGUUCGCAACAACAGAACUCGACGCUACUCCUUGAUGAGGAGGGUACCCAGCUGCAGAGGGACUGCGCUGCUCUUUGGAUCCUGAUCACUCUGGAGGUACUAGAGCUGGAGAGAGCCGCAGAGCCAGGCGGUAUACAGCUCGCCGCUCAAACAGCGGACCCGGAGAUAUACUGGUCGUCGCCAGAGUCGCUCAAACGAAUACACGAACUUGUCGUGUCGCAUGGGGACAGCCACUACGCAUGCACCUUCAUAGCCUGGGCCUUUGUUCUCUCGCGCCUUUCGAAAGCCGCAUCAGAGACCAAGGAGCUUCCACCCUCCUAUCUGCCUUUCUUUGGUUCUCUACUACCGCAGCAAGGGAAGUCGUACCUAAAGGACACGGAGCAAAUACAUAUCCUGAUGGCCAGAACAUGCCUUGAGCCUGAUGUUGGGCUCUUCAAGCUCAUGUUCACACUGCUGACGACGUCGCCCGUUUUCGUGACAGCUACGGCGUGGCGUACUAACUCGGUCAUCCUUGAUCCUAAUACCGUGGCAUAUAGGUCUGUCUUCAAAGGUCUAGUCAUCGCGAUCACGGAGCUCAUUUCCGUCGAGCUGAUCCCUGACUUCGAAGCUUUCGUCGAAGUCUGGAUCGCGCUCUUCGGACGAAGCGAGAGUCGUUCUGUCAUGUCAAUUUGCCGGCAGUUUUGGCAGUCGGACUGGUCGGAAGGCAUUGCGCGGCGAGCCAUCCUUGACAUUGCACGGUCACGUUUUCCCAUACAGUUCCGUCCUCUGGUCCGACUGUUGCGUGCAAUGACGGCUGCAGGCUUCUUGGAUACCGACGGGCUUUCAACCACGGACUACGCUGCGGAGGGGAACCCACUCGAGGAGGACCGCGAACUCUGUACACGCCAUGUGUUCUACUAUCUGAACAAGCUCACCACGUACACCCAGGUCAUACCGGUCAAUGCGUGCACGGGCGCACAUGCACUGUACGAGAGACUUCCUGAGCGGUACGGCUCCUCCUCGGUUGCGGCGGGUGUAUCCUACGUCAAUCUACGACCUCUCAAGCUUCCCGGGGGUUCCAUUCUUCCGCCGAAGUCCACGGGUCGCUUGCUGAGUGGAGACGGAGGUGAUCUAGUCGUAGUAUGCUGGCAGCAUGAACACUCCGGGUGGAAGCUCCUACUUGAGCUCUUGACAGACUACGUCAACCGGCGACGUCUGCACUCGGGGACCGGUGGUGCCUACCAGGACAUCUCCUUCGCGCAGAAGGGAGGCCACAAACCACUUGCACUGCGGCUGGAGGACAUAGGCGUGGAGAUGGAUCGCGAGGGGGACGAGAACAUCGUGAUGGACGUCUUGGACCUGAUACGCAGUGUCAUUCAGGACAACCCGCCUCUCGCCGAGCAGUUGCUGGAGUCAUUGGAGAGUGGUAAUGCAGUGGUUGCACAUACCAUGGUCGAGGCGCAGCCGCCAGACUUGGUCCAGCUCACCACCAUGAUCCUUGAGGAAGCACUCUCCCGGUCGUCAGCUCAGCCAAGGAGUACCAUUCGUGCACCUCUCAUCAUCGCGGCUAUCAGCGUGCUCUCGGCUCUCCUGGCUCUGCCGCGGUACUCGAAUCGUGUGUGGCUCUACAUUCGCUCAACGGCAUCCCUCUUCGGGCCUGAGAAGGCGAUCGGUGUGGCCUCUACGGUACUAGCCGCCGAGAGACUCACCGGUCACUACACUAUGACCCUCGCCCUUCUGCAUCUGGUCCAGCGACUCUUUUACGAGGCAUCCGCGUCCGCGCUUUGGGUCCUCCAGCACAACCCGCGGCUGCAGCAGGUUAAGGAAGAGGUCUUGCUUCGCGCCGCCCGAUUCGUUCACGCGGAGAUCUGGGUCGAGCAUAUGGGGUGGAAGUACACUCAGCUGGGCGACCGUUUUGAGAUCGGGAGGCGGGUGUCAACCUUGUACUCGGACAUCCUCAAGCAGUCGUCGUCGUCGCUCAAGGAUGGGCCAUUUGCCGCGCUGAGCCGAGCAGUAUCGGACGCGUUCAUGAUGAAGGCGACCACCUCCACCAUUACACCUCUCGUGUCUUCUAUGACGAACGCAGGUUCGGUCAUAGACGCGCUUUAUGCUUCGCGGCGGAUAGGCGAUGCGAGACGUCUGGUUACCCUCAUGGAGUCCCACCUCGAGUUCACCCGCCUGCUCUUGAUCUCGAAGGAGCGUGUCAUGCCUUCGUCCGAACCUUCUCUGCUGGAGCAAGCCCUCUGCGCCAAGGUCGGCGGCAGCAUCAACACUUUCGACGGAGGCCCAUCGCGAGUGGAUCCCGUAGAUGCUCUCGCUGGCUACAUCAAAGAACGAAGCAUGAGUAACCUUGUCCGCGUGCUGUCUGUCCGUGUGCUCUUCGCGCUGUGUUCGUCGUUGUCGGCUUCACACGGCCCCCCGCCUACGAUAAUCGGCCAUCUGUCGGACCCGGAGAGCAUGGUUGCUUCCCUCGUGCGCAUCACCCAACAUCCAUAUGACGAUGUCCAUCUGCGAAAAGCCGUAUGGAACUUCAUUAUCCUGGCAGUGGACAAGGAGCCUGCCCUCGCGCGUCUCUUUGUCACCGGCCACUUCCGCGUGCCCACUCCGAAGGUGUCAGCAAAGGGUAAAGAGAGGGCCCAGGACGAUACUAUCACAAAGGCAACGAGUGCCGUAACGGUAGCGUGCGACAUGCUGCAAGGGUGGAGAGCUCUACUGGCCGUCAAUCCUCAGCUUCUGGCGUCGCUACUUCGGUUCCUGGAUGUAGUAUGGCAACACGGUCAUGAGCACAGGCCAUACUUGGAAUCAAUACGUCAGAACACAGCUUUCUUCGAACAGCUAGCUGCGAUCGUCAGCGAGGAACUUGGGCCUCCGCCUGACUAUAGGACCCAGGAUUACGUGGACAUUGAGGGUGCACGGCGGUCAGAUCUGCAUGAAGCCGUGUCCAUCCAUUCAUAUCGGACUGCAGUCAAAGCUCAUGCCGCGCACAUCUUGGCCGAAGACAUUCGUUUGGUCGCGGAGGCCCAGUUCGACGGGUCUCCUUCCAAGAAACCGUCAAGUUAUACUGCCAUCGAAGCCAUGUUCAAAUCUGAAGAGAAGUAUGCGGAGCUCCUCGCAGAAGCAGCCGCUAGCGCGUACGAUCCCGAGCUGCAUGAUGAACUCGCCGAGCGAAUCAAGUCCGACUUCCCUAGUCUUGCCUUGGAAUCCUUGCGGAUACAUGAAGCAGUCGUGGAGCGGGACUACGGGGAUGCAUUCGCGUUCGACACUUCGUUGCUGCAGCUACGAUUGCAGGUUUUCGUGCGCGGCGAUGCUAUGGAAGUCAUCGAGGCUCACAGGAAGCUUACAUCAAUCAACCUCAACCUGUCCCUUGCCCACGUCCAGACUGCACUGACGGAAUCGUGGCAAUACUUGUUGAUGCGAGUUACUCCUUACCUCCGAGGCAACGCUACGCUUCGUCGAAACUUCCUCAGCCUCGCUGCGUCAACAUCAGAGAGCAUCGCCGCGGAGAAACGCUCUGGGGACAUGAUGUCAACUAUCCACGCCGCCAGGCUGUCUCUCCUUCUGUCUUUACUCGAAGUGGUAUGGUUCUCGACGUCCGACAAGCCAGAGGAGAUCAAGCACUUUGUGACUUUGGUUCAGAACACGCGGGGCAUCAUCUUAAACGGCCCACAAACUCCUGUGAAGUCUCUGAUGGGUCAAUGUCCGGUUCCAUUCCAUAGACCUCUCCUGCAGACCGUCUACUUCUGUGCGCGCCACAGUAGGAGCCUCGCCCGGCGACCAAAGACUCUAAACGCGGAACAACGGCUAUCCAUCUCUGCCAUGCUCGACGCAGCCCUGGUUCUUGUCAUCGACAGCCUACGCAUCAAGUUCGACGCUGCGUGUGCUGACCUAGAUCGCGAUCUCGACCAAGACUUGGAAUUGCUCGUAGCGGUAUUCGAACAGUGCACUCGGACGGACGUCAAUGUCUCACAUACGUUCUGGUUGACUCGCUGCCAGGAGACCGACGUUGUGCGGGCGAGUAUGCAACUCUUCAGUCGCGUUGACUUGGUCGGCAUCUCGGAUCUAUCUCUUCUUAGAGCCCGCAAGCAGCCGUUGUACGCGCCUCACAUCUUGACGUUCCAUAUGGCCUUGGCGAGUAUCCCUUCCGCCGCCGAGAAAUUGGCUAGCGAGGGCAUCUUGGCUGCGUACACCGAGAACCCACUCAGUCAAGCCAUACGGAUCGGAAUGAUUGACGUCACUAUCCCUGAACUGCCUGGGGAACGCAGCCCUGCGCAUCGAGCAUACUGCACGAUGCUGGCGAUCAUCGCGGGAGUCAUUAUGUCUCUCGGUCGACAUGGUCACUUCUUCGAUGCGGAUGCGAGCGGGCUUGUCCAGCUUUGGGGGGAUCAGAUCCAUCGCGCGCUGACAUGGACGAUAGGGGACACCCUGACGUUGCCAUUGCUGGAAGAGUUGGAGCAAGUUGUGAACCUCUUCGCGGCAAUCGCGCAAAACUUGUCCGCGGGCAAGGCAAGCGGCGCCGUGCAGAAGGUGCUUCGAUUCUUCACCAACGACGCCCUCCUCCUGGUGCAGCAGCUCAACUACGCAUUGACACAUCCGAACCACCUCGCCAGCCUGUUCGAGCCGAUUACGGCCGACGAGCGUAGCAAGGUCGAGGCGGAGAGUAAAACGUCGGUCAGCUCGUCAGCAGAUGCGGUGGACCCCAUGAGACGACCGUUCCUCACACGUCUGAUGCAUCGGUUGUUCUGCUUGUCGGCUUCGCUCGUGUCGACGCUAUGCAGCAUCAGCGGCGCAGAGGUCGUCUUGCUUGGAGAACAAGAAGAUUGGCCAACGCAGGAGGCUCUCAUCGUACCCCACACCAAGGUGGUACUGGGAGAACCGACGUCAAUGGGCACUCUGCUCGAGCUGGGAAAUUGCUCUCUCGACGUGCUCAGGCAACUUGUUAAUCGUCCCGCCGGACAGACGAUCACCCCGCCGUCUUCAUCCGAACUCGCUCUCGACGUACGGGAAAGCAUACGGCCUGUGCGCCGCAACCUUGAAGCCGUCCUCCUGUACGCCGUCACGCAGCUCGCGAUGUGGCUCGCCAAGCCAGAGCUCGACGCCAGUGCUAACGACAUGGACGAGGACAUGCGGGCGGAGACGCCACCGGGGCCUGCAGACUCGCAUGCGCUGAAGGCGCGGCGGCGCUCAUCGAUGCCUCUCGCGGAGCGGUUACGGAGGGGUAUGACGGGCGAGAUGGCGGGGGACCUGUUGGGGUUACUGAACAAGGCGAAGCCAGUCAUGGCGAAAAGCACGGAGGUUCUUGGGCAAGGGAACGUGGACUUGACACCGGUGUUGGUGCGGUUUGUGCAGGAGCGGAUAUCUUCUUGA